AUGGAUAACAAAUGUCUAACCGAUUUCAUAGUCCAUACGGAUUGGCACAACCGGAUCCGUAUCCAGCACGCCCUUACGAAGUUCUACCUUUGUUUUAACAAGCGCAGAAAAUUGGUUACCAGGGCCGGAAUCGCCUAUUUCACUCGGUUCCGAUCCGAAGAACGCUCGUCGACAAGAUACUCGAUUACCGGCCAUCAUCCACUCGCCCGCCCCGGUGUCGCCCUCCGUGUUCGACAGCGACUGGAACCUCUUCCACGCUCCCGAGGCCAUCGUCGGCUCCUCGUCUUGGACGGACGUGACGAUCCCGCUCGAAAGCUCAAGUUCCACAACAUCACCAAGUCGUUCAUCGGCCGUGGCCGCUUCGGAGUGGUCCAAAAAGCCGACUACUACGGCGACGUCGCCGUGAAAUUUCUCGACAUGGACCACGUUGAACGAGGGCAGCGAAGGGACGAAUUUAUGAAGUGUGUCGAGAAUUUCAAGGCUCUCUCCUAUCUCCACGCGAAGAACAUCAUCCACGGAGACCUGCGAUCCAAGAACAUCUUCGUCGAGCAAAGACGGCGCGUCCUCGUCACUGACGUCGGCCUCUUCAGCAUGAAGCGUAUGAAGAAUCCUCAUCGAAAAUACACAAUCAUCACCCCGACUUCAUGGCUGCCCUACCUCGCGCCGGAGCUGAUCACCGAGAUUGCCGACGACUUCAGAGAAUUGCCUUCCAACGAGGAGACGGACGUCUAUGCUUUGGUACCAUCUGGCAUGAGCUUCUCGUCGGGCGACUCCCCUGGUCUGGCAGCCCCCCUGAAACAAUCAUCUGGCGGGACUGCCCAUUUGACGGAAUAUGGAUCCUCUCCGCCUGCUGGUCACGACCCACAUCCGAUCGACCAUCAUUCCCCGAACUCCUCCACGACAUGCGCCAGAUGCCAACGCUCAAAGUUUCUUCCACCUCCUCCUCGCCACCCA